CUUAACCUAGUCUACUAUAUAGCAAACAAAGCUGAUCAGAUUAGUCAAUAGGACAUAAAAAUAAAAUUUAGACAUAGACAGCUAAUUAUGAAGAAAUGUGGAAUCAUGUUUGAGGUUGCCAUUUUCGCUUAAUUAUAUUAAUAACUCAAUAUGUUUUUUGACUAAAGGCAUGAUAACUCAAUAUGUUCCAAAAAAAAAAAUUGUCACAACUCUUUCUCUUCUUUAAAUACGCACAUACGAUUAAUGUCCCACAACUUAUCAUUCCUUUUAGUAACGAAGACUUUUUCAUAUCCUUACAUGAACAAUGACGCUCGCAAUCAAAGAUUUCUUCGUCCCUCUCCUCUUCUUCUCUUCCAUUGCUUCGGCAGCUACCGUCGAACAUGUUUUCCAGGUAUUUACUUUUAAUCCACUCUCUCCUUUUGUUAUUCUCUAUAAGAAAUAACGGGUUAAACCUUUUUUUUAGAAACAUUUUUGCCAGUUAGAUAAUUGCACAUAUAUCCAGCGGCGGAGCUACGCUAAUGGAGAGGGGGGCAGCUGCCCCAGAUAAAACAAAAUAUUUAUCCAAAUCGUUACGUAAUUAACCAAAGUUUCACUACAUCACCUUGUCUUGUCCCCGUUGAAAUUUUCUUCCUGCCCUCACCAAACCUUCCCUCAAGCUUCACAUCUCACCAUUUCAGUUUUUUUUUUUAAUCUCAUAUUUAUCAGUUGUAAUAAAUUAUUGGUACUUUCCUAUUUUGCAUGUACACUAAUAUCCAUGACAAAAUAUUCAAUGCAUUUUUGUAUUUUAUUUAAAGAGGUUUAUUCAGUAACUUUCGUUGUUCAAUAACUAUUUUAUAUAUUUUUUAUUGAUUAACUAUUUUGAUGAGAUAAUUAUGUUUUUAUUAUUUUCUCAUGAGUCAUGAUUAGGUUAUUUUCUUUACAAAUACCAUAUACAUUUUUUAUUAAAAAUAUUUAAGUUAUAUGUUAAAUCAUAUAAAUAAUAAAAAUAUUUAUUUAAAAUACCAGCUGUUUGUCACUUUAUUUAAUAAUAAAUAUUUAUUUAUUUAUAUAAAUAAUUUAUUUAAUAGUAAAUAUUAUUUGAAAAAAAAAUUAUGCCUCCUGUAAAAAAAAUUUCUGGCUCCGCUACUGCAUAUAUCAUUUCAUUGUAUCUACUAGCCUCUUUUUGUUUUCCCUGGCAAAAAAUCUUACCGUUUUUUUUUUUGGUAAAAAAAUAUUACCGUAUUUGCUGGAUCUAAUCUAAGAGACGUAGUAUAUAUAUGAAUAUUUCCAUAUAUAAAUGGAAGAACCCAAUUUUACGUGCCACUCAUUAAUAUAUAAGAAGAUGAUUAUUGGUAGUCCCAACAUUGGUCCUUAGUAUUUUUGGUGUGGAGCUCACCACAUUUUUUUUAAGAAUUUUGCUCAAAUGUCCCUAAUUAAGAAACAUUCCAAAUGUUGUCAUGUCCCUAACUGUUUGUGGACCCCACUAACACGUGGCGGUCGGUAAUUGGUUCAUCAUUUAAUUUUUUUUUUAAAUAAAAAAAAAUUAAAGACCAAAAAAUGUCCCAGCCGAUAAUCAUGCCCUAACGGAAAAUAUUAACGACGUCUGACAAUAGGUCAAAAACGUGGUGGUGAAACCGUUGUGCAAGGAGCAAAUGAUACCGACUGUUAACGGAAGUCUUCCCGGUCCAACUAUAAACGUUAGAGAAGGCGAUACUCUCGUGGUCCAUGUCAUCAACAACUCAACUUACAAUAUAACCAUCCACUGGUAACAUAUUGAUCUUGAUAUUAUUUCAUCACAAAACAAUGAGUUUUUAUUUUAUUGUCUGAUCAGUAAGAACAAUCUGUUUAUGGCACACAAAUAUAAUAAUCUAGGCAUGGAGUGUUCCAGCUGAAAAGUCCAUGGAUGGACGGUGCGAAUAUGAUAACUCAAUGUCCGAUUCAACCACGUAAUAACUUCACCUAUCGAUUUGAUAUCACCGGGCAGGAAGGUACUUUGUUAUGGCAUGCACACGUCGUUAAUCUACGUGCCACACUUCAUGGGGCUCUAAUCAUCCGUCCUAGAUCAGGUCGUCCUUAUCCUUUUCCUAAACCCUACAAGGAAGUUCCCCUCAUUUUUGGUAAGAUUUUUGUUGUUGUUUUUUUCCUAAUUUCCGAAUAAAAUUAAGAAACAAAAACGGAUUUUUUUUUUUUUUAGAAAAUUCUCCGUUUCUUAUUCUUUCAAUUAAUUCUGCCUUUAUUUUUUUUAAUUUUUUUUAAUUUUGCCUUUAUAGUUUCAAAGUAUAAAUAAUAAGAAUUAAGAAUUAAAAUUGUAUGAUGAUAAAUUUGAUAAAUUUAUUUAUCACUCAAACUCAGGCAAUGGCCGAUGAACUUUAUUUUUAUACUGAAUUAUGUAAUAACAAAAUAUUUGUAAGCAAAUUUAUUUAUUUUAAAUGUAUUUAAACAUAUUUUGUAUUUUUCAAACUGAUUUUUGGGGGAUAAAAUAUAAGAGAGCGUGUUGAUGUUAGUAGUAUGACUAGGUUGGUUUGGAUUUUGUAAAUAGCAUAUAAUACUUCUUUUUACGCCAAGCCAAGAUUUUCUAAGAAACAAAAUCUUUGUAGUUAUCAAAUACUGACAUAUAUUAUUAUCCUGUUACUGAAAGUGUUAAUUAAUUUGUUUGGGAAAAAUGAUUAUGCAAGAACAAUGGUGGGACGUAAAUAUUGAACUUCUCAAUUUACAGCCAGCUCCUAUUUGCGAUGCCUACCUCAUCAAUGGGCUCGCUGGAGAUUCAUAUCCUUGCUCUAAGAACAGUAAUACUCAUUCUUUACGUAAAUCAAAAGAUAAAAGAACCGCUUGCAGAAAAAUUGAUGGGUUUCUUUUUUAUCGGCGUCGGUAGGAAUGUUUAAGCUCAAGGUAGUACAAGGGAAAACAUACUUGCUAAGGAUUAUAAACGCGGCGCUCAACACUCACCUCUUCUUCAAAAUAGCUGAUCACAACGUGACAGUUGUCUCUGUAGAUGCUGCCUACACGACACCUUACGUUAGCGAUGUGAUGAUCUUGACGCCGGGACAAACCGUCGACGCACUUCUCACCGCCGACCAGCCUAUCGGCAUGUACUAUAUGUCGAUAAGCCCUUACAUUAGUGCUAACUCGUUAGCACCGGUCCCCCCUGGCCAUGAUAUUAGAAGCUUAAUAGUCUAUGAGGGUGCCAAGUCGACAGCAUCCCCAUCGAUGUCGUUGCUGCCUUCAGGGACGAAUGCAAUACCCACCGCUCAUAGGUUCUCCUCGAACAUCACUAGCCUCGUGGGUGGACCCUACUGGACGCCAGUGCCUGAACACGUGGACGAGAAGAUGUUCGUAACCAUGGGGCUUGGCUUAGACCCGUGCCCUCCGGAAACCACGUGUAAUGGUCCGUUAGGUCAGCACAUCGCUGGUUCUUUCAACAACCGUACUUUUGUGAUGCCAGAAACGAUUUCACUCCAAGAAGCCUAUUUCUAUAAUAUCAGUGGAGUAUACACCGAUGACUUCCCCGACCAACCUCCCAUGAAAUUUGACUAUGCUAAUUUCAGCGUCCGUACAGAGUCUGACUACGAAAUGAUGUUUCCGGAGAGAAAGACUAGCACCAAGACACUCAAAUUUAAUUCUACAGUCGAGAUAAUUGUGCAAAACACUGGGAUAAUCAGCCCAGAGAGCCAUCCCAUGCACCUUCAUGGCUUCAACUUUUAUGUGUUGGGUUAUGGAUUUGGUAACUAUGAUCCCAUCCUCCAUGCAAGAAAUCUAAACCUAGUUAACCCGCAGAUGCACAAUACCGUCGGUGUACCACCAGGUGGAUGGGUUGUUUUAAGAUUCAUAGCCAAUAAUCCUGGUACAUGGAUGUUCCACUGUCACAUGGAUGCACAUUUACCAUACGGAAUUAUAAUGGUUUUCAUAGUUGAGAAUGGACCAACUCCGGAAACAAGCUUGCAGCCUCCACCGUCAAAUCUUCCACAAUGCACUCAUGAUCCGACAAUCUAUGAGUCGCCGACCACUAACGUUGAUUUGUCUUCCUAG